UCCGUCCGAGUGGCGCUCUCCCGCGGCUGCGCCGGCCGGGCGGCCCCGGAGACAAAGCGCCGCCGCCGCCGCCGCCACCGAGCGGAUCCCGGGCCAUGGCCGGGCCGCCUCUGGCCGCGCGCCUCCCGUCCCGCCGCCGUCGCCGCCUCCCUAGGCUGCUCGGCGAGGCAUCUGAGCACCGACGACAUGCCAGGCACUGGAAUUCAGGCAAAAAAACCUCUGCCCUCCUAGAACAGGCAAAGACAACCCAGAUGUGGAAACAGAGGCCCAGAGAGGCUUAACGCUUGCCCGGGGUCACACAACCUGGACACUACAGAGCUGCCAUUUGAACCCAGAGAAGAGCAAGCCGAGACCAGACUGGGCAGAGGGCAGGGAGGCAGGCAGUGGCCUGAGAGGUCCCGGCCCCCCGCCGCCAUGAAACUGAACGAGCGCAGCCUGGCCUUCUACGCCACCUGCGACGCCCCGGUGGACAACGCGGGCUUCCUGUACAAGAAGGGCGGCCGGCACGCGGCCUACCACCGCCGCUGGUUCGUGCUGCGCGGCAACAUGCUCUUCUACUUCGAGGACGCGGCCAGCCGCGAGCCCGUGGGAGUCAUCAUCCUGGAGGGCUGCACGGUGGAGCUGGUGGAGGCCGCCGAGGAGUUCGCCUUCGCCGUGCGCUUCGCGGGCGCCCGGGCCCGCACCUACGUGCUGGCCGCCGAGAGCCAGGCCGCCAUGGAGGGCUGGGUGAAGGCGCUGUCGCGGGCCAGCUUCGACUACCUGCGCCUCGUGGUGCGCGAGCUGGAGCAGCAGCUGGCCGCCGUGCGCGCGGGGGGCUGCGCGCCGCCGCCGCGCCGGCCCCGCGCGCUCCCGCCCAAGGAGAACGGCUGCGCCUGCGCGGUGUGGAGCGCGGAGCCGCCGCCGGGCCCCGCCCCCGCCGCCGCCGCCGCCGCCGCCGCCGCCGCCGCCGCCGGCGCGCGGCCCGGCCCCGCGCCCCCGCCCCUGCCCCCCCGGCGGCGGGCGUCGGCGCCCAACGGGCCUCUGCACGCGGUGCCCUUUGCCCAGCUCCACGAGCGGUAUGGGGAGGAGGUGAGGGCCCUGAGGAGCCAGUGGCUCAGGAGCCGGGCCCAGCCCUGAGGGCACCGGGGGCCUGUUUCUGGACCGGACCCCAGCCGCGGGGCCUCGCCCUCACGGGCCCUGCCUGGAGAGACUGGGGUGGGGGCUGGUCCCCAGGGAAAUCGGGGUGGCCUGGCUUCCGGGACUGUGCCCUGAGAAGGCUGGGUUCGGAGGGGUGGGUGCUUUAGGACUUGUGCGACUCCGCAGGGCCCUGUCCCCUGUUCCAAGGAGGAUCCAGGCCCUGGAGGGGCCUCAGGAAGCCCGAGGGCUGGUUUCGAGGGAGCUCUAGCCCCGGGCCGCACCGGAGUCACCCAGCAAGGGCCUCUUGCUGGUAACUGGCCCCCGCUGGGGUGACGGGCCACACGAGGAUCUGCGGCCUGAAAGGCAAUGCCGCGUCAGCCCUGGGCCCGGGGGCUCCCGUCCGGACCAGGCGUGGACAGAGGGAAGCCGUGGCCGUGCCACCCCACACCCGGUUUGACCUCCUUUUGCUCCCGGCCGCCUGGCCGUCUCCCGCAGCAGGUGCACAAGGUGGCGCAGGUGUGACCGGUGCGGUGAGGUUGCCUAGUCCCAAGGGCUCUUGGCUUGGAGUGGGGCCUAGGCGGGACUUUACCCUGGGCGUCAGCCAGGCCUGGAGAAGGUGCUCCUGGCCCAGUAGCAGCCCUGUGGCUUGGGCCAGGCCUGUGUCCCUGUGGUGGCUCUCACGUGCCCUCCUGACAAUCCGUCACAUCCUCCGGUCUGCUGCUUCUGGGGCCCGAGCCUGGGGUGGGGCCUGAGCCUGGGGUGGGGCCUCUCCGGAGCUCACCUGACCUUGUCCGGCCCUGGGCUAGGCAGCUGCGGCCUGAGCUGACCUUCCCGCAGGUUUCCCCAGGGAUGGGUGGCCAUGAGCUGACUCGCCACCCAGAAAGGGCCCAGGUGCUGAUCAGGCACAGCAAAGAAACAGCUGCCGAGCUGUGUGGCUUCUGGAACCCUCUGGCUCCGUCACAGCCCCAGCCCACCUCCACCCCCAAAUUCUGCUGGGGAGACGAGGUCUUGAUGUGCUUCAAGGCCAACUGCUGUUUCACGUACUCACCACAGUGGCCAUUCUUCAUCCAGGGAGAAUCUCGGGGGGGCUGGGACACCCCUCGGCCCUCAAGCUGGGUUAUGUUUACAGUCCUCAGUACCCCACACUGGGGACCCCCUGAAGACACAUAUGCCCCAACCUGUAUUUCGCCAGACGGUCCCUCUUGGGACAGACAGACUUGGCCCUGAGGCCCCUUCCUGCUCUCUGUGGAGACCCUGGGGCUCGGGGACCAUGGGGGCUGCCUGUGUGUCUGCAAUCACCAGCUCACUGCUGGCUCAGUUGACUGGGGCUUCAGUUUUAAUUUAAUUUUUAAUACUUAGGGUGUUUUUUUUCUCUAGCAACGAAGCUUGGCGUUUUCACUGCUUUUGUUUCUUGUUGGCUGGUUGGAAGGGAUGGGGUGUCCCCGCUCUGGGCUUGGCCCGGGGUGGGGGGCAGUUGGCACUGGCCCCAGGGAGAGGGCCAGGAGCCUUGGUUGGAAACAAAGGCACCUCAAGAAUGUCACCUGGUUCUCUACCUUCUCCCCAGCAAGUCCGACUCUCCUGGCAUGUGCCUCUGGGGUCUGUGUACACAUCCCAUUUCCUCCUCCCCGAGUCCUGGGUAGUGGGGGUGGGGAUGGCUGCUCUUGUCCGUAGGUUCUGGGUCUUUACAGAGGUUAGGAGCUGCCCAGAGCCCAUGUCCUGGGCAGACCCAGCUGGUGGGGAGAGGUGUUGACCCUGAUCCUGGUGCAGGUUUACAAGCUCUCUAAAGGUACAUUGCCUAUUCCUCCUCCCCCCCCCCCCCCGCAAAAAAAAAAAAGCACAAGGUCGGGUCAGGCUGCCUCCGGAGUUGGGUGGGGACAGAGAUACCAGGCAGCCUGGGAGGGGGAUGUGAAGGCUGAAUAAAAUGUUUGUCAAGUAA